AUGCCAAGCUCAAGUGGCAGAUCCAGCCGGAGGAGCGGCAACUCCGUCCGCCAGCCGAAGCUCUGCGCUAAUGUCCUCCAGCCGAAGCUCCAGGGACACGUCCUCUCGCCGAAGCUCGUCCUCCAGGGCCUCAUCCUCCAGGGCCUCGUCGGCCAGCGCGAGUGGAUUGAAGACGGUCCUAUGCGCGAGAUCCCGAGCUCCAGCGACCCAGGAGUCCAUGGCGACGAAAUUGUUCCCUUCGUCGCCACUGAUUACGACACGGAAUCUGUCCGCUCGAGCGGCACCGACGAAUCCUGGAACGUAUUCAAGUACUGGAGGCGCAAGGCCGCUGCCUCGCUCGCGUGGAACAGGCGCGACGGGAUUGUCUGA